AUGGAAAAGUCAAAGAAGUCAAAGAGGGGCGGUGAGCCCACCAGCCGUAUCGACGAUAAGCGAUUCGCCGACUUUGAGACCGAUCCUCGGUUCCGAUUGCCGUCAAAGAGGCAGACCAAGACCACGAUCGACAAGCGAUUCUCGCGCAUGCUGAAAGAUGACGAAUUCACUGCUACUGCCAAGGUCGAUCGAUACGGCCGAAAGGUCAAGUCUGACUCCAAGAAGAAGGCUCUGGAAAGGCUAUACCAGGAGGAGGAUGAAGACGACAAGAUCGAGGUCGAUGCCGACGAGAUUGUUCAGAAAGAACUGCUAAAAGCACACAAAUACGAUCCCGCUCGAGGUGGUGGUUUCUCUUCCUCGGAAGAUGAGUCCGAAUCCGAGGAGGAGGAGGAAGAUUCCGAUGAAGAAGAGGGCGGCGCGCAAGUCGACACCGAGGGAGAUAUGCAGCGCUUCCAGGACGAGCAAAACGAGGUUGAGGAUGGAGAGGUGACCAAUCGCAUCGCCAUCGUCAACCUUGACUGGGACCACGUCAAGUCUGCCGAUCUUAUGGCUCUAUUCAACAGUUUCCUCCCCGAUACUGGUGGCAAGAUCGACAAGAUUUCAGUAUACCCCAGCGAAUUUGGAAAGGAGCGCAUGCAACAGGAAGAGGUCGAGGGACCCCCCAAGGAGCUGUUCAAGGACACCCAAAACGAUAGUUCAGACGAUUCAGAUGACAGUGACGAGGACAGUGAGGAUGGUGAUGAACGUAUCAAGAAGAGUUUGAUCGAGGAGGGUGACGACCAGGAUUUCGACAGCGACGCGCUACGAUCUUACCAGCUUGACCGUCUCCGAUACUACUACGCUGUUAUGGUCUGCUCAAGCCCAGAGGUUGCCCAGAAGCUUUACGAAGCGGUCGACGGACGCGAGUACCAGUCAUCUUCCAAUUUCCUCGAUCUUCGAUUCGUCCCCGACGACGUCACCUUUGACGACGAGCCCCGAGAUGAGUGCGAAAAGGUCCCUGAGUCAUACAAGCCUGUUGAAUUCGUCACAAACGCCCUGCAGAGCUCCAAAGUUAAGCUCACAUGGGAUAUGCACCCCGAGGAGGCAUCGCGAAAGGAGUCCAUCAACCGUGCUUUCAGCGGUAGCCGCAACCAAAUCGAGGAGAACGAUCUCCGCGCAUACCUAGCAAGCGACAGCGAAGAUGACGACGUUGAUGAUGUGGAGGUGGUUGAGGAGGGUGCCGAGGAAAAGGAGGAUGGGCCCAAGCUUUCCAAGAAGGAAUUGGCCCGCAAAAAGAUGCGAGCUGCUUUGGGCUUGUCUGAUGAGCCUACCAAGUCCACCAAGAACGCCCCUGUUGGUGGUAUGGAAAUCACAUUCACACCCGCCCUUUCAGAGUCUGCGCCAAAGAAGGCAGCCGCCGAGGAAGAGACAACAAUUGAGAAAUACGUUCGAAAGGAAAAGGAGCGCAAGGAGAAGAAGCGCGAAGCUGCUCGUGCCAGACGCGAAGGACGGGACCCUGAUGCCGAGGAGGAAGAGGAGGAGGUUGAGGCCCCUGCUGGUGAGGCUGAUGACCUUGGUUUCGACGAUCCUUUCUUCACUGCUGCCGAGCCUGAAGCAGUUUCCAAGGCAUCUAUCCGCAAGGCCGACCGCCUCAAGAAGCGCGAAGCCCGCGAGGCCGCCGAAGCCGAGACCGAGGCCCAAAAGAAGCAGCUUAAGGAUGUCAUGGCCGACAUUGGCCAGGAUCAAGCCGAUCAUCUGGAUCACUUUGACAUGAACGAGAUUGUCCGAGCAGAAAAGGCGCAGCGCAAGAAGGGCAAGGCCAAGAAGAAGGCCCUGGCCAAGGAGACUCGUGGUGGUCUUCAGGAGGAAUUUGACAUGAAUGUUGGCGACGACCGUUUCAAGGCUGUGUUUGAGAGCCACGAGUAUGCCAUUGACCCUUCAAACCCCAAGUUCAAGGCUACAAAGGGUAUGACGAAGCUGCUCGAGGAGGGCAGAAAGAAGAGAAGAAAUGCAGACGAGGAGGAUGAUGCGCCCAAAGUUAAGAAGGCUAAGAAGGGACGGAGGUGA